UGCAAGCUAGCUAGCGCAGUUUUAACUAAUGAAUUAAUCAGCUAACGCGUGUCAAAGUUAGCCACCAUCAAAGUGAAAGUACUGUUUAUGGAAAUAUGAAACGUUGUCGUGUAGAGUUGCUGUCAGCUGCUGUCAGCGUUAGUGCCAGCAGUAGGGUCAAAGUUGGUGACAUGGCAACCGGAGGCACUCCAUUUGAUGAUUGUGGAGAGGAACAGGAGCUGCACAAUUGGACUGUGACCAAUGGAAGUCUGGAAGAUAGGCUCAACAACAUGGACUGGGGUGUGCAGCAGAAGAAAGCCAACCGAUCCUCAGAGAAGAACAGGAAGAAGUUGUCUGCUGCGGUGGUGGAGAGCCGGCUUACUAAUGACAUCUCCCCAGAAUCCACCCCUGGGGCUGGCCGCAAGAGAACACGCACUCCUCACUCCUUUCCUCACAUCAAGUACACCACCCAAAUGUCUGUCCCAGACCAGGCUGAGCUGGAUAGGCUGCGUCAGAGGAUCAACUUCUCAGACCUGGAUGAGAGGAGCAUUGGCAGUGACUCCCAGGGACGUGUUACAGCUGCCAAUAACCAGCGGCAGUUGGCUGGAGAAAACAAGAAGCCCUUCAACUUUCUACCUCUGCAUGUAAACACUAACAAAAGCAAGGAACUGCUCCCUCCAUCCUCCUCUGCUCCGACAACCCCAGCUAUCGCCAAGGAAGCCAAGAAGCAGAGCCCAGGGCUCUGGGACACAUUGGCACCUGCUUUUCCCAGCAAGGAAACUCCUGGGCUCAGUCGUAGUGGAAUUGAGAGAGGGCCUCUAGCACACCGAGAAUAUGGGAGAGGAGAGACAAGCAUUGACAGCAGCCAGGUGGUGAGUAAACUGGUGCAGAUCCGAGAGUACAUCAGUAAGGCCAGCUCCAUGAGGGAUGACCUGGUGGAGAAGAAUGAUGUGCCGGCCAAUGUGGAGCGACUCUCCCAUCUCAUCGACCAUCUCAAAGAGCAGGAGAAGUCCUAUUUACGCUUCCUGCAGAAAAUGCUGGCACGGGAGAAUGAGGAAGAUGACGUUGGCACCCUGGACUCGGCAGUGGGCUCCGGCUCUUUAGCAGAGAGCACCUCUCUAAACAUUGAGGUGCGCUCUUCAGAUGCUUCCAAUGCCACGGGUGGUUAGAGCGAGGCAGCACGAGGUGACCAGAAGAAGGAGUUGGAGAACUGCGGUAAGCAGCAUGAGCUGCUGAAGAAGAUGCUGGACAGCAGGAGCAGCUUAAACCUGCAGGGCGGCAGGCAAGCACUACUGGCCAUGCAGCACAGUGCAGAACAGGCUAUUGCUGUCAUUGAUGACACUGUUGUCACAGAAACCACAGGUAGUGUGUCUGGCCUGAGCAUCACUUCAGAACUGAACGAUGAGUUGAAUGACCUGAUCCAGAGGUUUCACAACCAGCUACAUGACACUCAGACCAAGGCAGUCCCAGACAACCGUCGCCAGGCUGAGAGCCUUUCCCUCUCCAGAGAGGUGUGUGCCGGUCAAGGGCCCCCAGCCAUUGGUCAUCCUCAACACAGGCCUCUCCUCCACUCUGCCUCUGGCCCCACUGGCCUAGACAGUGGGGCAACAGCUGCCAGUGCCAAGCUCACCAAGCUUCAAGAGUUGCAGGACAAGAAGCAAACCAUGGACAAGAUCCUGCAGGAGCUGCAUUCGCUUAGAGACCAGACCCUCAACAACAACUCUUGUCGUGGCAUGUCCACACAGCGCAGUCUGAUAUGGGAAGGGACCAUCGAUUGUCCCUCUGCUCUCUGCUCAAUGAGGCCUAGCCUCCCACCCUCCUUCCAUCCGUCGCUCACCCCACACCAGGAUGGCUGCAAUUCUACAGACAAACUCAUGAAGCUGAAGGAGGUCCACAAGCGUCUGAAUGAACUGCGGGAACUGGUGCAGUACUACGAGCAGACUUCUGACAUGAUAGUUGACACAGUCAAUGAGAAUGUGAGGGAUGAUGAUGAGGAGGAGGAUGAAGACACGGACGAUGGCUCUUUGUUUGAGGCCAUGUUUGACUCUGACAGGAAUCGACAACCCAUCACUAACAUUAGAAACCCACCGCAUGGUGCGAACUGGACCGACUUGAACAGCCUGACCAACAUCCGAGGUGCCAGGAGUAGUGGUGCCAAUAACCGGGAUGGCAGACUGAACACUGAGUGUGAGAUCAACAACCGCUCAGCAGCCAACGUUCGCAGUCUCAAUAUCCCCUCAGCCAUAGAGUGUCAGUAUAAUAGGGAUAGCCCUAUUAUACUGAAGGAUGAUGAUGAAGAUCAGGAUGGUCUCGAUAACGAUGAGGGGGAACAGGCUGUGGGUCCAGACAGUGAGGCAUCAGGGUCAAGUCGGAGGAGCAGCCUCGGGGACGAUGCAGACUUUGCCCAGAAGGUUCAUCGUCUACAGACGGCCAAGCAAAAACUACGGCAGCUGCAGGAGCUAGUGGCCAUGGUCCAGAGUGACGACACAGAUGGCACAACUGCCAAUGAGGAAGAAGCUCUACACCAGCAGCCCAAUAACACUAGAGCUGCCGUAGCAGGGCCACCUGGGACAGGAGACAAGAAUCCCAGAACCCUCACUCUCUCUGAUGAGGCCAGGGAAAAGCUGUAUGAGGAGAAGCUGCGUCAGCAGAAGCAGGAGCUGAAGCAGCUCCAUGAAGAGCGCCAGAGGCUGAUUGAGAUCCAAGGAAAGAUCCAGGAUCUGCAGUGGGCUUGCCCAGACCUCCAGUCAUCUGUGUCCAGCUCUAUGAGUCAGCAAGGCUUGCUGAGGAAGCUUCCAGCUGCAGCUUCCACCCCAGCCACUGCACAAGCCUCUUCCUCUGCUGGACCCAAAACCAAUUCGACUGUGCUCAAACACACUGUCCCAGGAGCAGCUAAUGCUUCAGUCACUGACAAUGAGCAGCUGUGGUCAGAAAUGCGUCGCCACCAGAUCCUGCGGGAAGAACUGCGCCAGCGCCGGAAGCACCUGGAAUCCUUGAUGGCUGAACAGCAGAGGCGUAGUGGCCUCAGUGAGUCUCCUUGUAGGAUUGAUGAUUCAGAAGGCCAUGCUACAGCCUCACAGCCUCUCAGCAGAGACGAAAGGACAAUGGCCACCUGGGGUUCCACUUCCUGCCACCUUGAUGAUGAUGAGGAUGGCUAUCGCUCAGAGUUGGGUGCUGAGGAGGAGGAAGAACAAGAAGAUGGUGCCGACAGCAGUUCUAAUGAUGACAUGCACGUCUACUCAAGCAGCAGGAGCCAGCGCCCCUACAGCAACAGGAAGAACCAAGGAAGUGCCCAAAAGCCUCCAUCAGCCUUCCCAAUUGAGGGUAGUGAGCACCCCUCUGUUCGGAGUAAGGCCAGGGCCAAACAGCAACAACAGCAGUCCAGAACUCCAAACCAGCCUGGGAAGCAGUGUGGAGGCAAACGACGCCAGGAGAACCUGCGCUGGGCCUCUGAGCUCUCCUUCACUGAAGGCUCGUCCCACUGGCAAGAGCAGGUCAGCCAGCUACAGAGACAGCUGGACUUAAGCACCAGCAUGUGUCAGACUCUACUGCAGGACCAACAGACACUGUCAUACAUGUUGCAAACUCUGCUGACAGGUCAGUACAGUGUGUUACCCAACAACCUGUCAUCACCUCAGGUCCACCUGGUCAUGCACCAGCUCAACCAGUGUUACACCCAGCUCACCUGGCAGCAAAACAAUGUACAAAGACUAAAACAAGUCCUGAAUGAGCUCCUCCGCCAACAGCAGCAACAGCAGCAGCAGUCCUCUUCUUCAUCUGCAGGUCAGCAGCCCCAGACUCAGGCCUCGACCCAGGAUUUCAGCUCCUGUCCCCAAGUCUCCACUGGUCUCUUCCUGCCCUUUUCCUCUACUCUUCAUCCUUCAACCAACACCCUCAAUAUACCUGGCAUUUCAGCUGCGGCCUUCUCCCCGCUCCCUCCCAGCUUUAACUUCCAUACUCUGUUCCCCCCUGCAAUGGGUGAGUUCCCUCAGGGUGCACCAGGUCAGAACAGCCCUGACCAGCAGCAGGAGCAGCAGCAGCAGCAGUUAGACCCCAACGCCUCUAUCAAGACAGAGUACAUGAGCUUCCCUCCUCCACUGCAACGAUCUCCCCUCAACUCUGCUACAGACAGACGGCUGCCAGGCUGGCUAAACACCACAUACACUAACAACACCAUCCAGCAUCACCGAUCCAAUGUAGCACACCAAGAGUCUCCCUCCUCCUCGACUGCUGACCCAUCACCACUCCGCCCCCGUGACUAUGACCAGGCCUCCCAGGAAAGUUUUAGCAGUAUGCCUGAUCCUGUUGACCCAACCACUGUCGUCAAGACUUUCAAGGCAGGGCGCAAGGCCUCUGCCCAGGCCAAUCUAGCCUCCCGAAGCAAGACACCAGGUUCAAAAAGUCGUCGCAGAAGAAGCAAAGGGCACAGCAAGAACACAGAGGGUCAUGAGAGUGACAGUGCUAGCAGCACUACCAACUUUGCCCAGGAGAGGGCAGUCCAGUCUCGUCAGAAGGAUCAGAAUCAGAGCCUAUUAGAUAAGCUGACUCAGGAGAAAUUGGACAGCAAAACUAAGCUUGGGAACAAGCCAAAUGACCUCUCCUCGGCCUAUGCUUGGAGAACACCCUUCCUCUCUAACAGAAUUGCAUGCACUGAAGCACCAGAUGCAAGCAGUGACUUCUCAUUGUUUGAGGCACUGAGGGAGACCAUUUACUCUGAAGUGGCUACUUUGAUAUCUCAGAAUGAGUCCCGACCCCAUUUCCUCAUUGAGCUCUUCCAUGAGCUACAGCUGCUCAGUACAGACUACUUGCGUCAGAGGGCACUCUAUUCCCUACAAGAUAUAUUGACGAGGCACCUGACUGAGAAGAGUGCAGCUGAGGACCAGUUGCCCCCCCUUGGUCCUGCAGUGUGGGCGGCAGGCUCCCAGUCUGAGCUCACACCCAGUGAAAGUCUGGCCACUAGUGAUGCAGAGGUGGUGGAGAAGAAUCUGAGGCUGAAGCAGGACACUGUGAAGCGGAGAGAUGAUGCAGAGUCUGUGGACAAUGACAGCUCCAUGUCAACCUCCUCUAACCUGGAACCUUUUGCUAAUGAUGACCUGGGCAACACGGUGAUUCAUUUAGACAAAGCUCUGGCCAGGAUUAGAGAGUAUGAGCGCAUGAAGCUUAAAGCUGAGUUUAACCCCUGCAACGCCAACACUGCAGGUGCAGGUGGCUCUGAAGUCUCUAACGCUGAACAUCCUUCUGCUAACCCUGCUGACCCAGUGGAAGGAGGAGGAGAUGCAUCCAGUGACAUGCGCUGCCCUCAGAUAGACACCCAGCAGUUGGAUCGACAGAUCAAGGCCAUCAUGACGGAGGUCAUUCCCUUCUUGAAGGAAAACAUGGAUGAGGUCUGUUCUUACCAGUUGUUGGCAUCCGUUCGGCGCAUGGUCCUCACCCUCACCCAGCAGAAUGACGAGAGCAAGGAGUUUGUCCGUUUUUUCCACAGACAGCUGGGGGGCAUACUGCAGGAUUCUCUGAGUAAAUUUGUUGGCCGUACACUGAAGGACUGUGGGGAGGAUCUUCUUGUGGAGAUCUCAGAGAUCCUCUUCAAUGAACUGGCCUUCUUUAAGCUUAUGCAGGACUUGGACAACAAUAGCAGCACCGCCAUGGCAGCCAAACACAAGAACAAGAGGAAGGCUGACCAACCCAAUAACAUCAAGCACAGAUCUGAGGACAAUAGAACAGUUGAGGGUGAGAAAACAUUCUCUCCAGCAUACCUGGAUGAAGACAAAGAUCAUGAUGAGACUGAGCAGGAUGGUGGUACUGUGCAUCAGGAGCCAUACCUGCAGACAGAGCAGAACAACAGCAGGGCCAGUGAAGCCUCAGAGGCUGAGGGAGAGGAAGAAGAUGAGGAGGAAGAAGAUGGAAGAGGAAUGCCUCUUUCCAUCAGUCUGUCCAAAGCCGAGACCCAGGCCCUGACAAACUAUGGCAGUGGGGAGGAUGAGAAUGAGGUGGAGGAAGUGGAGGAGUUUGAAGCUGGGCCUGUAGAUGUCCAGACCUCCCUGCAGGCUAGUGCUGACGGACUGGUGGAGCAACAGGGUGCAUCUCCAAGUGGAAGCCACGAGGCAAAAUCUGAGCAGAACUGUUCAGAGAAUAAUGAUGUCCCCGCUCCCCCUGACUCCUCCCCUCCUCUCUGUGCUGUGGAGACCAACACAUCAGAGAAUAAACCCCUGGAGACUGUGGAUUCCACAGUUGAUGAGCAUGCCAUGGCGGUAUGCAUUGAUCCUGAUGAGGAGAGUCGAGGUGGGGCAGCUGCUGCAUCAGAAGCAAACACUAUGGCUUCAGGACAGGACGUCUCCAAGGAUUCAGCCACCAUCAGUAGCCCUGACACCGAGUCACCCAUCAUGAUCAAUGUAGAUGAGAUGGGCUCGGGUAACACCAGUCAGAAGUCUGAUGAGGAAGACUUUGUCAAGGUGGAGGACUUGCCACUGCAGCUAACAGUCAUGUGUGAGGAGGAGCUUCAGAAAAGGAUUGUGGAGGAGCAGCAGAACAACAACUUGUCUGUGGAGAUCCUCAACGGGAGCACCUCGUCAGUGACUGGGCUGGUGGGAAAUGCACAGGCACUCAAAGAGCCAGAUACUGUUGGUGCCCAAACUGCAUAAGGAAUUGUACCAAUGUCCGAAUAACCUUUGGCUGUAGCAACACUAUGCUUACACCUUGAACCUGUUCUGGAUGUGUUACUGUUAAUUCUUAAUCUACACGUAUACAGGAGCACUGGCUCAUAAAACUGGUCACACGUUACCAGUGACAUUAACACACAACAGAUAAACCUGUAGACAUAAUCAACACUUAAUCCAUUUUAUUCCUAAACGUGUUAUGUGAUUUGUUAAUAAUUUGGGAUGGGGGGUAUCUCUAUGCUGCUGAGUACUGAUGAAGUUCUAAGCCUCUGUUACUAUCUUUAUAGUACUGCAAGAUAUUUUUGAAAACCGCCUUAGUUCCCAUUCUUGGUUCUGGGAUCAGUUUGAAAUAAGUUGUUCUUUUAAAUGUUUUAUUUUUGUUGUCUUGGUCUGGCCUUACUGUUACACAGCUCUAGUUCUUUUUUUUCUCUGCACCUGACCCCAAUUAAACUAAUUACUAUAGAAUGGAAGUGCAGCUGUAGCCUGGCUGGCUUCUGAUAAUUGUUUCUCCUGCUUGAACAGUUUGUUCACCCCUGUAUCUGAGCUCACUUCUCAGACUUAAUUAUUAACUCGUACAUUUUCCAAGCCUCUUCUCAGACAUAUCAUCUUUAUAUUCAUCUGUUUUGUUGUGUUAAUGGGUUAGUUAGUUUCCCAUGAUUUCCAUGUAAUUGAAAUGUUGACUACUGCAUUAGUUUAAAUAAUAAAAUGAUGGAACUUUUGAAAA